CAGAGGUGAGAAUUUCUUGCAACCUUUUCGCAAGACUACAUUCCAGACACUGCAAACGUGGCCCAAGAGCCUGGCGCUGAGGACACUUUGUAUGCAUGUGGCAGGAAUUCUACAAGUUCAGAGCUACUGCUACUACUUUUGCACUGGGUGUCUGGGCAUCAUUUUCCAUCUAGCUCUCAUGACUAUCCUCCACACACACACACCAGCUCUCAGCUCUUGCUCUUACCAGCGAUAUGAAUACCACGACAGAAACCUGAUAGCGCUCCUUCCCUCCUCCUUCCUUCCCACUUCUCUCUUCCAACAUCACCAUACCAACCAUUGUAUAUGUCCGAACCAAGAUCCACACAGCAUUGAUUGCUUGAGAAGGAACUACUGUUCAACAGAAAUAGAUACCUUGUAAAAUAUGGGGAAAGGCCCCAGAGAAAAAAUGAAAAUAACAAUAAACAAUGAACAAUGAAAACUUCCCAAAGAACGCAUAGCAUACAUAGAUUUGCUAGCUGCGUAAGCAACAUCUUUCAAC